AUGAGCUACUCACCUUUGCCAACCGAAAAGAAGAACUCCUCUAACGAGGCUACUCCCCCAUACUCCUCCACCUCCUCCUUCGAGGACUCCGCUCACCCAUUCUACGAGCCAUCGACCAACAAGCGCUCUAAGGGCUGCAAGACCAAGGCCGUGGCCGCCACUGCCGUCAGUGCUCUUGCUUUGUUUGGUGUCUUCUCCAUGGGUAGAAUGUACGAGGGCUACUCCUUCCACAACGCCAUGGUUGCCAUCAAGGAGAACCACCAGGCUCACGGUUUCCACCACGGUCCACCAGGUCCUCACCCUCACGACGACCCUAAGUGGUGGAUGAAGUUUCACAAGGGUGAAUCCCCUGAGGAGGCCGAGAGAAAGCACAAGGAGUGGUUGGCCAAGCACCCCGAGGAGGCUAAGGCUCAAGGUAAGCCACACAACGACAAGUGGUGGAUGAAGUUCCACGAGGGCGAGUCUCCAGAGGAAGCUGAGAGAAAGCAUAAAGAGUGGUUGGCCAAGCACCCAGAAGAAGCCAAGGCUCAGGCUGAGAAGGCCAAGGGUAAAGGUAAAGGCAAGGACAACGACUACUGGAUGAAGUACCACAAGGGCGAGUCCAAGGAAGAGGCCGAGAAGAAGCACAAGGAGUGGUUGGCCAAGCACCCUAACGGUGCCACCGACAAGGCUGAGGGCAAGUCCGAGGGCAAGGGUAAGGAUGACAAAUGGUGGAUGAAGUUCCACGAGGGUGAGUCUCCAGAGGAAGCUGAGAGAAAGCACAAUGAGUGGUUGGCUAAGCACCCAGAGGAGGCCGCUGCCCAGAAGGGUAAGGACGGUAAGAAGGACGACAAGUGGUGGAUGAAGUUCCACGAGGGUGAGUCCCCUGAGGAGGCCGAGAAGAAGCACAACGAGUGGUUGGCUAAGCACCCAGAGGAGGCCAACGGCAAGAGAGCUGAGGAGGCUGCCAAGGAGUUGAUCUAA